AUGCUCCUCUGCUUACGCAGUGCGAAGCUCGAGUUCGAUCCUUGUCCACUCCGAACCCGUGUGUCUGGUGUGGGAAGCCGUUCACCAGGCGCGAUGCUCAUUUACGUCACUGUCUCAUCCCCUGCUGCUGCAUGCUUCUUGAAGGGAUACUGUUUCCGCACAGGCCACUUGCGAGUGAACCGCCUCUUCAUGACGUUCGCGCAGUCUCCUUUCCUGGCCGCCCCAGGCUCCAGCUCGUUGGAGACUCUCACCAUGAGUCCCCAGGACGAGAUGAAGAUGCACUGCGGGCUUAUUCAGACAGGGGACACGACCCAGGAAAUGGAGUUGGAACAGAGUGCCAAGCGACCGAGGUCGGAGGGGAAACCGGAGGAGACAGAACGUGCCAACAAGCAGCAGGGUCUGGGCAAGGGGAAGGGCAACCCAAAGGGAAGAUUUCCGCGUGGUUCAGACGGACCGGGCAAUCGAGCCGACCACCGGAAGUCCGAACUGCUCUUCCUACAGCAGGUGGUGGCCAGCCUUUGCCGACUUAUCCUACGUCACGAGGAUGCCCUAGCUCUUCAGGCUCUGGACACUCGAUUCGUGAUCUUUUGCUCCAAUCACGAUCAGGCCCUCCCGAGCAAGUUAUGGAAGCUGGCCAAGGUCUGGCGGGAGAAGAAGGAGAAGCAGCUGGUCAACAUGUCGCUGCGGGUGACCAUAGGCCUCUUUAUGAUCGGGGAGGUGAUUCGGAAGGCGGAGGAAGGUAUGGCCAAUUCACGGGAGGAGAUGGUUCAAAGUCUCUGGAUCACCGAAGAGGGCAGCUGGAACUAUCUGCUAUGGGAUUCCGAGUCCAAAUCUCACAAGGUCGAUGCAAGCAAAGACCCGAUCGCACACUCCCUGAUUCUGAAGGACUUGAGGCGACUGGAGGAACUGCUGCCUGCCCCGAACGUGUUGCAUCGGCUGCACUCGCUCCGUCCUCUCACAGAGACCUCAGAAGCCCCUGUGAUCGCCUUCGUUCUGGACAUUGGACUCCGAGCUGCGGAAGCUCAGGAAGCAUACACCCUUCUGAGAUCACUCAGCCAGUGUGCCAUCACCCAAGUAACCUCGUUCAACAUCCGGCCGGACAAGCUGCAGAGGUCAGCUCUGGCCAACCACGUCACACCGGAUGCCAGGCUUCUCAUUCAAUCUCUGAUUCAGGUUCGCAACAAUGUAUGCCUCUUGGACCUACCGCAUUGGUUGCGAUUCACUCGUGACUGGCAGGAGCCUCACAGACAGCAUGAUGUGGCCGAGUUCGCACAAUUUUUGGUGUCGGCCCUUGGCAUCACCAACGUCAUGAUGCAUUUUCAGGCCCGUGUGCAGACUGAUCAAGGUAUUGACAUUCUCCCUUCCGAGAGUUCAGCUGUGCUUCGUCUGCCGCUUACUGCUGGGAGCACUGAUGUUCAAGGGCUUAUCAACCUGUGGUCCACUCAGGGACACGUGCAGGCCCUCAAUGAGCCUUUGCCAAGGCUUGCUGUUGUGCAAAUCGCCCGAUUCGCAGAGUCUUCUAAAGAUUGCACGCCUAUUGACUGCCAGCGUACCGUUCACAUCCCGAUGUUCAGUGGUCCUGAACUGGAUACUAUAGCAGUUGCCUUUACUCUCGAGGCGGUUUGCUUGCAUAGGGGUGCUCAGGCCACGCAAGGUCAUUACCGGGCCCUACUCGUCGCCGAAGCCAGUGUCACCAGAGCGACAUCCUCUGAUCAUGUGGGAGCGCUCCCACAAAGCUUGCACACUUACCUUACUGACGAUGGAGUCUGUGCCUCGCCGGCCACACUAACUGCGCGAGAAUCUCUACUACAAGCAGAAGGAUAUGUCCUCUUUUACAGUUUGCAAUGCCUCGAUUGA